AGGAAAUACUGUUAGUGUGUUGUAUCACAGAAAGGAAAGACUGUCAGUACGUUGUCAGAACAAGAAAGACUGUCAGAACGUUGUCAGAACAAGAAAGACUGUCAGAACGUUGUUAGAAGAACAAGUAAACGAGAACCGGAGAUAAAACUGAGCCUUUGUUUACAGGAGGAGCAGCGAGCCGAACUGCAGGAGAGAUGAGGAGUUUUCUACCGUAUUUCUCAGCUGAAACCUGGACCCUUCUGGUCCUGCUGAUCACCCUGAUUGUAGUGUAUGGAUACUGGCCCUAUGGUUAUUUCACUAAACUGGGGAUCCCUGGUCCUAAACCCCUUCCUUUCGUUGGCACUAUGAUGGAGUACAAGAAGGGUUUCUUUAACUUUGACUCAGAGUGCUUUCAGAAGUAUGGGAGAAUCUGGGGGAUCUAUGAUGGAAGACAGCCUGUUCUCUGUACGAUGGACAGAACCAUGAUCAAGACCAUCCUCAUUAAAGAAUGUUACAACAUCUUCACCAACCGCAGGAACUUCCAAAUGAAUGGAGAGUUGUAUGAUGGGCUGACUGUUGCAGAGGACGACACAUGGAAAAGAAUCCGCAGUGUCCUGUCCCCGUCCUUCACCACUGGAAGACUGAAAGAGAUGUUUGGCAUCAUGAAGCAGCAUUCUUCUAACCUGUUGAAUGGAAUGAAGAAAAAGGCAGAAAAUGGCCUGGCGAUUGAACUCAAAGAGUUCUUUGGACCGUACAGUAUGGACGUGGUCACCAGCACAGCAUUCAGUGUGAACAUUGAUUCCCUGAACAACCCUUCAGAUCCCUUUGUGUCCAACAUCAAGAAGAUGCUUAAGUUUGACCUGUUCAGCCCACUCUUGUUUUUCAUCAUAUUUUUCCCUUUCAUGGCUCCUAUCUGUCAGAUGUUGAAUUUUUCAUUUUUCCCGGCGGAGGUAUUGAACUUCUUUUACGCCUCACUGGCCAAGAUCAAAUCUGAACGAGGCAGAGAGAACACAAUCGGUCGUGUGGAUUUCUUACAGCUGAUGAUCGACUCUCAGAAAGACAGCAAAACAAAGACAGGAGAAGAACAGAAUAAAGGACUGAGUGAUCAUGAGAUCUUGUCUCAAGCCAUGAUCUUUAUCUUCGCUGGCUAUGAGACCACCAGCAGCACGUUGAGUUUCCUGGCCUAUAACCUGGCUACGAAUCCUCAUGUCAUGACCAAACUGCAGGAGGAGAUAGAUACUGUGUUCCCCAACAAGGCUCCCAUCCAGUAUGAGGCUCUGAUGCAGAUGGAGUAUCUGGACAGUGUGUUGAAUGAGUCUCUGAGACUAUACCCCAUCGCCCCACGUCUGGAGAGGGUCGCCAAGAAGACGGUUGAGAUCAAUGGUAUCAUCAUCCCUAAAGAUUGUGUUGUAUUAGUCCCCACCUGGACUCUCCACCGUGACCCUGAGAUCUGGUCCGACCCUGAGGAGUUCAAACCUGAAAGGUUCAGUAAGGAGAACAAGGAGUCUAUUGACCCGUACUCUUACAUGCCGUUUGGGGCGGGGCCCAGGAACUGUAUCGGGAUGCGUUUUGCCCUGAUCAUGAUCAAACUGGCCAUGGUGGAGAUCCUACAGAGUUACACCUUCACCGCCUGUGAGGAGACCCAGAUCCCGUUGGAGAUGGACAUCCAGGGUCUGCUGAUGCCAAAACAACCAAUCAAACUGAAGCUGGAACCCCGUAGCAACACCUCAAGAAACAAACCCACCACCUCUUUGACUCCAAACACAAUUAUCCUGUAGUAUCCUGUAGCUGUAGCUGGACCAACAGGACUCCGGACCCAACUGGACCAACAGGACUCCGGACCCAACUGGACCAACAGGACUCCGGACCCAACUGGACCAACGUGACUCCUGACCCAACUGGACCAACGUGACUCUGAACCCAACUGGACCAACGUGACUCCUGACCCAACUGGAUCAACGUGACUCUGAACCCAACUGGACCAAUGUGACUCCUGACCUAGCUGAACCAACGUGACUCCUGAUCUAGCUGAACCAACAUGACUCCUGAUCUAGCUGAACCAACAUGACUCCUGAUCUAGCUGAACCAACAUGACUCCUGACCUAGCUGGACAAACGUGACUGAGUUAAUAAGUGUGAAUUUGCUUGUUAAAAGUAAAACAAUUCUGGAAGGCA